AUGGUUUCUGGAGCGCUGCGUCGGGCUGUAGCCCCUCGACUGACUACAUUUUUGGAGGCCCAUUCACAGGGAGCUGUCUGCACAGCACGCAAUCGUCUAUGGAACUCAUCUUUCAAGACGAUCGGUAUCAUAAAGCACGCAAACCUUCUUCACACUUCAGCGGAGUACCGAUUCCACGCGGCGACGCACACCUUGGACGACAACACCUUCGCGGCGCAACCUUCACUUCUACAGCGCGUCACAAAACGUCAAAACGCCUUUACAUAUAAGGGUUCCGCAAUUGGAUUGAUGCGACCCUUCUCUACAAGAACGAACCUUCAGCUGCCACAGCCACAGCAAAAGCAACUAUCGGAAAAAGAAGAUAGUCCACAAACUUCGUCAAAGAACGAGCCCAACGAUGACGAAGCUGACUUCGAAUUUAAAAAGAGCGAUCGUGCUGCCCAGGCUGCUCAAUUGAACCUUGCUGCAAAGCUUUCCAAGGAUAGCAGGCAACCUGGAAAGGCCGGCAUAAAUGAAAUAUGGCGAUUAAUCAAGGUUGCUCGUCCCGAACUUCGCUGGCUCGGCAUCGCCUUCAUCUUUCUGGUGAUUUCGUCCUGUGUUACCAUGUCUAUCCCAUUCUCGGUCGGCAGAAUCUUGGAUCUCGCCACAAGGGGAGAAGUCGACGAUAUUCGACUUUUUGGACUUACCUUGAACCAGUUCUUCAUCGGCCUUGCUGGCAUACUCACAUUGGGCGCCAUGGCCAACUUUGGACGAGUCAUUCUACUGCGCAUUGUCGGCGAGCGAGUGGUUGCCCGACUUCGAUCACAACUCUACCGCCGCACUUACGUACAAGACGCAGAGUUUUUCGAUGCGAACCGAGUUGGUGACCUGAUCUCCAGACUCAGCUCCGACACUGUUAUUGUUGGCAAGUCAGUUACACAAAAUCUAAGUGACGGUCUAAGGGCCCUAUUCAGCGGUGGUGCUGGAUUUGCCAUUAUGGUCUGGACGAGCCCCCAGCUUACUGGCCUCCUGCUCCUGAUGUUCCCGCCGAUUGCAAUUGGUGCAUUCUUUUAUGGCCGAGCGAUCCGGAACAUUAGCCGAUCUAUUCAAAAGAAUCUUGGCACACUAACCAAGAUUGCUGAGGAACGGCUCGGCAAUAUCAAAACCAGUCAAGCCUUUGUCGGAGAAGUUCAAGAAGUUGGUCGCUAUAACAAACAAAUUCGACGAAUUUUCGCUCUAGGCAAGAAAGAGUCGCUUGUCGCAGCCACCUUCUUCGCCUCUACAGGCUGGGCUGGCAACAUGACCAUUCUGGCAAUGCUGGUUGUUGGCGGAAGCUUUGUUCGCACCGGAGCCAUGUCCCUCGGAGAUCUUACAUCGUUCAUGAUGUACACAGCCUUUGCAGGAUCAAGCUUAUUUGGCUUAUCCGGCUUUUACUCUGAGUUGAUGAAGGGUGUGGGUGCUGCGAGUCGUUUAUUUGAACUUCAAGAUCGUCGCCCCGGAAUCCACCAAACUGUCGGGAAGCCUGUGAAAUCCGCGCAAGGUCCCAUCAGAUUCAAUAAUGUCACGUUUGCCUACCCGACGCGACCAGCCGUUAAGAUUUUCAAUGGCCUCGACUUUGAGAUACCUUCUGGAAGCAAUGUCUGUGUUGUUGGUCCCUCUGGCGGUGGCAAGUCCACAGUUGCCUCUCUCCUCUUGCGGUUCUAUAACGCGACAGAAGGAAGUAUCACUAUCAAUGGGGUUGAUAUCUCUGAAAUGAAUGUCAAAUCCCUGAGACGUCGUAUUGGAAUGGUAUCCCAGGAGCCAGUCUUAUUUUCCGGAACAAUCGCCGAAAAUAUUGCAUACGGAAAGCCGCACGCGUCUCGAGCAGAAAUUGUUGCUGCCGCCAGACGCGCUAACUGCAGCUUUAUCAGUGAUCUCCCAGAUGGACUGGAGACCCAGGUUGGCGCACGUGGAUCGCAGCUCUCUGGAGGACAGAAGCAGCGCAUUGCUAUUGCCAGAGCUCUGCUCAAGGAUCCCGAUAUUCUGAUUCUCGAUGAAGCCACCUCGGCCUUGGAUGCUGAGUCCGAAACAUUGGUCAACGAAGCUCUUGCUGGCUUGCUUCGUGGGCACAAUACGACUAUCUCCAUUGCUCAUCGCCUGUCAACUAUCAAGCGCUCUGACCAAAUCAUUGUGCUGAAUAACGAAGGCAAGGUAGCAGAAAUUGGAAGCUUCACACAGCUCGCUGCCAACAAGGAUAGUGCGUUCAGCAAAUUGAUGGAAUGGCAAAUGAGUGGUGGCGAAAUUACAGAGAAGCGCUCGGCUGCCACGGCGGCGCACAUCACUGAGGCAGAGUACAUGGAGCAGGAAAGGCAAACGGACGACGAAGACCUUGUUGAGGCAGAAGAGCAAAAAGAGGAAGAACCCGAAAGUGUAACCACGGAUCAGAAGAAAAGAUAA